AUGGCGAACGCCUGGAAAAGGGACAAGAACCAGAAGCUCUUAACACCCAAGACCUUAAUCUCUCUUCUCGUCCUCUCCAUCAUCUUCCUCUCCUCUCUCUUCUUCUUCUCCUUCUCCUCUCUCCAAAACUCCAAUCCCUCUCUUUCCAUCAACACUCAAUUCCCAAUCCCUCCUUUCGACUGCUUCAAAUGUCCCCAAUCAAAACCCAUAAUCGCAAACGUCGUCGAGAAUCUCAAAUACCCUUUCGUCUAUUCGCUCGCUGAUCUCGGUAACCUCCCAGAGAAGCCGCACAAGAACAUCGUGAGGCUGCUCAAAGGAAAGCCCUUUCGUAAACCGGACAUCUCCGCCACCAUUCAGGAGGUUCUCGAGACCAUGAGAGCCAAUGGCAAAGAUGGGUUCGUCGUCGAUGUGGGAGCUAAUGUCGGUAUGGCUAGCUUCGCAGCGUCGGCUAUGGGGUUUAAAGUGCUUGCCUUUGAGCCUGUUUUUGAGAAUUUGCAGAGGAUUUGUGAUGGGAUUUGGUUCAACAGAGUUGCCUCUUUGGUUACAGUCUUUGAAGCUGCUGCUUCCGAUAGAAACGGCGACAUUACCUUCCACAAGUUGGUUGGACGGCUUGACAACAGCGCGGUCUCGGAGGUUGGGGCAAGACUUGCAUUCAAGUCCAACAAGGAAAUAGCAGUCCAAGUGAAAACAAUACCUCUUGAUGAACUCAUCCCACCUUCUCAGCCUGUUCUUUUGAUCAAGAUCGAUGUUCAAGGUUGGGAGUACCACGUUUUAAAGGGCGCAAAGAAGCUGCUCUCAAGGAAACCAGCAGAAGCUCCUUAUCUAAUCUAUGAGGAAGAUGAGAGACUGCUCAAGGCAAGCAACAGUAGCUCCAAAGAGAUACGUGAUUUCCUUAAAAGCGUUGGAUAUAGCAAGUGUAGCCAGCAUGGCACAGAUGCUCAUUGCACCAAGGAUUAA